UAUUUGUUUAGAAGUUUUCGCAAGCUAGUUUUUGCGGUACAAGUUUUCAUUAUUUAGUUUUCUUUAGUUGUUUAAAAAAUCAAUUUGUUUUAUUUUUGGCUACCUGCGGAAACGUUUACUUUUUUUAUUAGUUCAUCUUUUAUGGAAAUUUAUUUGACAGAACAUAGGAUAUUGCUGUAUAAAUUCUGCGGGAAUCACCCAGGAAGAAGGACAUCAAGGGUAGAACACCUUUUCCACGGCUUAUUUAUUUUAGUUCUUAAAGAAGAGAAACAGAGUGAUACUAGAAAAAUGGAUGAAGUAGAGCACGAAGUAUGCGCGAAUUGCAAAAAGGACAUCCCGCAACGUAACUACGUGAUGCACACGAUGCAUUGCGCGCGCAACAUCACCCUGUGCAAGAACUGCACCGAGCCGAUACCGAAAAUCGAGUACGAGAGUCAUAGGGAGACGUGUCGCAAACCGGUGCCGAGAAAGCCUAGUCCUCCGCCCGUGGCGCUGGAAAAAAGUUCCUACUUCCAGCAGAGGAAAGUUGUGGAAGACCAGAAGGCGGCCGCCAGGAAGGAGAACUACAUGAAGAGGCACGAGAAACUGUACGACACAGGGUUCACACUGCGCGAGUCGGUGCGAAACGGGAUAGCCGGCAGCGCAAGUUCGAGCAGCGUCGGUAGCGGGAAACAGCAGCCUCAGCAAUCCUCCUCCUCGUCCUCGUCCUCGGGGAUGUUGGCUUGCAAAUACUGCGAUUUAGAGCUGCCCAAGUCGGAGCUGGACGAGCACGAGAACUACUGCGGCUCGAGGACGGACAAGUGUUUGGAAUGCGGCGAGCUGGUCAUGUUCAAGUACAAGCAGAUCCAUAUGGAUUCGAAUCACGGGUUCCUGAAACUCAAGGACGAACCGGGUCCGAGGCCGUCGUGGGACUCGGCAGUCGAGAGGACGGCGUCGACGUCGACGAGCACGAACCCCACGAGCCCCAGGAGACGGUUCGAACGGUUACGACUUAACGAUUUCGAUUACGAUCCCAUGCCCUACCUACCCAGCAGUUACUCGGUGCCCGGGGGCAGUUCCAUUAAGAAGAAGGAAGGGGAAAGCUACAAGGAGAUAUCGAGGAGAUUAGAUUGCAAAACGGAAUACAUUCGGAAUUUGCUGCACGACUCGGCGAGCAUAACGAUACCGUUAAGACACAGCGGUUCCAUGCCCCGGAAUCACUUUAAUCACAACAAAGGUCCCGCGCCCCAGCCGCCUUCUACGAAUGGCGGUCGUCGUCGUCGUAACCCACCUACCGAGCUGGUGAUACCCUGCGAAUUUUGUGAUACCCCCAUCCCUCACGAUGACCUUAUUCAGCACGAAACCGGGUGUCGGCCAGAUUUGGCCCGCUUUAGACCCAGAAGGAACAGGUCCCCGGAGGCGGACGAUUAUUUUAUCGCCCCGCCCCCGACGUCGCCCGAGGUCGAGCUGCCUUGCGAAUUUUGCGCGGACAUGAUUCCAGCCUCCCAAUUGCUCAAUCACCAGAUGAAUUGCACGCCCGCCUAGUUUCAUUGUUUCGCUUGUGAUCGUUUUUUAUAGGUUUCGUUAAUUUCUAGGUACACUUUUUUUGUUUACGGUGUCCCACUAAGAAUAGUACCGAAAGUGCUUUCAAUCUGCUACCGACCGCUAGAAGGCGCUACUUUACUCUCUCAUAUAGAGUACAUACAUAUUUACUAUAUUUUUUAUUAAUUUCCCUUAUUAGUUGUAACAUUAGCAUCAUUAAUAUUACAUUGCGGCCCACUAUUACAAAAAUGACUUUAUUGCGGGACAUCCCACUUCUGAAGUAAUACGUUUGAAGAGCGUUAAAAUGCUUCUAUUUAGUGGAAGAAGGUUUUGAUACUGCCAUAUAAUAAUUAUAAUAAUAACUCACAAUGAGGCCUUUAUCAGACUGCGACCGACCACUAAACGGGAUAUCAGUAGCGCUCUUGACUAUGACGAUUCUCAGAAAAUGUGAAAGACUUUUUUUUUUAUUUACAAUUAAAUUUAAACAAUAUAGUUAUCACAUCUAUGAUAAAUCUAAAAACUUUUGUUUAUCAUAUUUUUUAUAUUUUCUUUUAAUUCCCCUUAUUAGUUCUAACAUUAGCAUAAUAAAUAUUCUGAAGUAAUAUUUAUGGCAGCGAUGGCUUUUAAAUGCAUCUAUUUAGUUAGAGAAGGUUUUGAUAGUGCCAUAUAAUAGUAAUAAUUUAACAUACUAGAUUUGUUAAGCAACUAACAACUAUUUCCUUCUUUCUUUUCUCGUUAUUGUGGGUUCAAAAAGUGCAUGUAGGUAUUUUAAAGGGGGUUGCCCAUAUAUGCAGGCUGUCGUUCUAAAAAUGAGAAGUGUUAGCACACAAAAAAUUGCCGACGAGGCCGUGAGAAAUUGUUAAAAAGUAUUUUUCAUCUUCUCCCUACCCUUUUUGAUUAUUAUUUUUAAUUCUUCGUUAUAAUAACAAAAAAAUGUAUUUCGAAGAUGCGAUUUAACAGUUUUGUUUUAUUUUUUAUUUUUUCAUAAGUCCUGCAAGAAAAACGUAAAAUUUUGCAGCAAUUAAAAUUUGGUGCGCAGUCCACAGUAUUUUGAAGCAAACUUUCAUACAGGUACGGGUCCUUCUUCACUGCUUGCAUGCACUCUCCCCAACACUGUUGCACAUAUAAGUUUUAAUUUUAAUUUAGUAAACAGCAGGUAUUUUUCAUAAAAACAAUCAUUAAUAUUUUCAUUUACUCUUUGAUGUCGUAACAGCAUACUUCUCCGUUUCGUUGGUAUAUCAUCGUCAAUAAGUUUUCUUAAACACUACUUCGAAAUGUAAAUCUAAAUCUUCAAUUGGCUAAGUCAUCUUAGGGUUACUACCUAAAAUAUACGAAUCAACUACCGAAUGUACUUGGGUAUAUAGAGCAAUAGAAAAAAAAGGAAGACCUCGCACUAUGCUUAAUACCUGAAAAGCGUGACGUAAUGAUUAACAAAUUCCCCGGUUUUUUGCGAAAUUUCACUUUUUAUCAAGUUCAACGAUUUUUUCUUUUUUUUUUUCUGUCCUUAUUCUGUUUUCAUCACAGUUUACGCUCCCUAUGCAAAGUACACUUUCUUGGUCACAUUUCUGCACCUUAUUUACGUCUAUGAUGUUCAAUCCCACUUCUGAAAUAUCUUCUCUAAUUGAAGCACCUUCGCUAUUUAGGGGUCUCAAAACAUUGGUUGUAUUAUUGCCUAAAAAUACAUCCCCCCCAAAUUUUGUCACAGACUACUCAAUACUGACAACUUAAGAACGCAAAAAUACAAUUGUAGUUAACUACCAACUUAAGAUUUUUUUUUUAAAUAAGCGAUAAGGGAAUGUUUGUCCCCUAACGUCCAGUGUUUUAUUAUUUUUUUUAUUUUAGCAAAUAGGAUGAAACGUUCUCGAUGAAAAUUUUUUCAAUGGUGGGUAGACAGAAUAAGAAUUAGAAUUAGAAAUACUUUUAUUUCCGUCAGACAUAACAAUGAAUGCAAAAUGACAAUGCGACAUAUAACACACAACUAAUAAUAUAGAAA